AUGUCUUUCAAACUCCCACAACUCCAAACCGUGACUCAGUGCGCCUCCCUCGUCACUGCCACCCGAGCAAUAUGGGAGCUUUCGCGCAUGGUCCGCCAGAAGAAGCGCGAAGUGGACCAGACGAAGGAAGUUGAGGAUCUGCUGGAUGAAAUCGAGGAAUUCGUCCACGAGGGCGUCUUGACCAAGCGAGAGUGGAAGGCCUUCUGCUUCAACGUGGAAGAGGCCCUUUCCAAGAAAGAAUGCACCCCACGCGAGGCACAAGCAAAGGUCCUGGAUUUUCUGGAGGCCCUGCAUUCCAUUGCCCAGGAGUUCAAGGAGGAGGACGACGCCUACCUGUCCCAGCCAGAAGAUGGCGCCAAUGUUCCGCGCCGCCGCAUCGAAGAGAAGGGCCAUCAACGCCGGGACUCUGCCAUCAAUACCAGCAGAGAAUCUCACUCGCGCACUCGCACCGCCGCGUAUCCGCCUUCGCCUCACUCGCCCGAUUUGCGUCCGCGCAGAGCAUCUGCACCGUCGGAUCAUCACCACUACCAUGCACACUCACCCGGCGGUCAAGUGGAUACAGGACCCGUCACUCCAGGAGAUCCCAGCCGGAGUAUCCCUCGUAUGCCAGUCGCACUGCCUAGUCAAUUUCAGAAUAGCCAGCAGUAUAGGCCUCCAAGACACUCCUUCGCCUCUCCAUCCACUACCCCCGGUGCCAGCGGCACUUUCUCGCCGGGAGGUAGUGCCCCAGGAGGCCCGGCAUCUCCAGCGUCGACCAUUCCCGCCCAAAACACCUGGAACAACACUACAACUUUCCCCUUCCCGAGUUUUCCUGAGAGCCAAAGCCGAAACCAGAGCAAUGACAAUAGCACCCGUCCUAGCGCUGCCCCCACCCCUUCUCGCUCUCAUUCCAGCUCAGCCCGUAAAGAAUCAACGGCUCCAGCCAGAGAUUACCCUCCUGAGAAGUCUCCCUCAAGUUCAACAUCUUCGCCCGUCAUGCCGCCAUCGCCCAACGAUUCAACGAGCGCCCACGUGAGCGGCUGGGAUAGCCAGCAAGAUAGCCCUCGUGGCUUCAUGAGCCCGACCCAAGAAGCUCAGGCACAGCGUGCAGCGGCUGCGAAGCUGCGCGAUUACGAGCGCCGGCAGCGUCAGGCUCAAGCCCUUUCAGAGGAGAUAGGCGUUCCCGACUUUGAAAUCCCGCCACCGCCGAAUGCGCCCCGCCGUCAGCAGCGCAAGCCGCAGGUCAAUUGGGCCAGCGGCAUCGAGGAUGACUGGAAGGUUAACGAUGCUGAACCGAUGACCACGCCCACGGACGCGGUCUCGGAGGCGGGAACGUACAUGAAUCCUACUGGUGAUAAGAACAAGAGACGACGUAGGAGGCAAUGA